CGGAGGCUUCCUGUUGUUUUAAGAAGAGCGUUACCAUGGGGUAAGAAGACACAACACUGCUUGCUGCUUUUGCUGUGUUUGUCAGGACUUUUUCACUACUCUGCUGCCUUCUCGUUUUGGACAGCCAAAGUGGAAAUAAGCUAUGUUAACAGCAACAAUGUGACUGUGGAUAAAAUCUGCGAGUGUGGGGUGUUUGGUCGUAACUCUCCCCUGGAGCAAGCCUCAGGCAUUGUUACGCUUCCCAAGGGAGACCCCAAAGGCUGUGGCUCAGAUCCUGUCUACAAUCCAAACAACAGCUCCCUGCCCUGGAUAGCCCUGGUAAAAAGAGGCAACUGCACCUUCAGUGAAAAGAUCAAUGCUGCCUAUCGUCAAGGAGCCUCUGGUGUGGUGGUGUAUAAUGUGGAUGGCACUGGCAACAACACCAUGCACAUGUCACACCCAGAAGGAGAUGGCAUAGUGGCUAUUAUGAUUGGCAAUUCUCAGGGAAUGGAAGUUGUUAAUUUGGUGAAGAAUGGGACAGUUGUGCAGAUGAUAAUUGAUAUAGGCAGAGAUCAUGGACCCUGGAUGGACACAUACUGGCUUUACUUCCUGUCCAUCUCCUUCUUCAUUGUGACAGCAGCCUCCAUCGCCUACUUUGUAUUCAUCUCUGCAAAUCGUCUCUACAAUUUGAAUAUGCACCGGCGCUCUGAAAGGAAGCUAAAGUCUGAAGCUAAAAGGGCAAUCGGGCGUCUACAAGUCCGCAAACUCAAGUCAGGGGAUGAGGAAACUAACUCUGAGUCCAACAUGUGUGCCGUGUGUCUUGAAUCCUACAAGGCAGGGGAAGUGGUGACAGUGCUUACGUGCGACCACAUCUUCCACAAACCCUGCAUCGAGCCCUGGCUGCUGGAGAGGAGGACCUGUCCCAUGUGUAAGUGCGACAUCCUGAAGGCCCUGGGAGUUGAGGAGGAAACAAAAGAGAGCCUUACUCCCAAUGCCCCACCAGAGGUCACUGUGAUCACAGUGAUGGGAGGAGAGCCCAUGUACGAAGUCCCACUGACUGACCCAACGAGCUCUGACCCAGAGAGACUUCAGCAUCGCUAUGACAACAGUGCCUUCGAGGGAGACUCGGAGGCUGGAAGAAGAUGAACAACAACAACGGAAACAGAGCAGCAACCUACCGGGACACAGUCAAAUUCCCUGCUUGAAAUGUCUUCUGGGAUAAACUGAACCAUCACUAUGGAAUCAAACACCAAUUUUCCUACAGCAGAAACAAUGUUCAUCUUCUAAUGCAGGUUUAAUAUAUUUUCAAAAGAAAUUCGCAAGGAUUUAAAAUGGUAAUGGACCUCGUGUAAUUAGUUUGGCGCUGCAUUCUCUUGGGGUCUGUCUUGGUGUUUCACAAAGUGACCUUGAGAUAGUUAGAAUUGAUUCUCGAAAACUAAGCAGUUGUGGAGUGAUACCGGUGUCAAAUGACUGCUUUGCAUAGUAAACAAACCAGCUCCUCACUGACCAGGGAGGAAGUGCAGUUGAGGAUUUGAAUAUCCUAUUUACAUCAGAGCCAAAUAACAAAACACUUGUUGGCUCACAUUGCUUACACUCCCUCACAAUUGACCAGUGUCUUUUAAAUUCCCAGCAUGAUUUAUUUCAUUUUAUUCAAAUAAUUUGAAUUAUGUUCUAUUCUAUUUUAAAUUGCAGUAUGUUUUCAUUUUUUUUCAUUUUCAAUGUUGGAAUGUCAGGCUGGAUUUAAAACACACUCAUAUGAACACACCCAUAACAGGAAAUACAGUAUGACACACAUUGCACUGCGAUGAGUCAAAAACAUCACCUGAUGACUGUCCUUUAGUUUCUUGGCCUCUAGCUACUUUUUUGUUAAUGUUGCAAUGCAGUAAAGGUCUAACAACUUAAGAUGAUAUUACUACAAAAAAUGACUGUCGGAUAGGGGCAAUUGUGUUAUGGGUUUUGAAAUUAUGUAGGUUGAAAUGUAUAUAUCAAUCAUGUCAACUUCUAUCUGUUAGUAUACAUGUAGGUUUAUACAUAAUUUAUGUAGAGGCAUUUUCUUCUGAAAACAGCUGAUUCGAAUGUGCAAGCACACAUGGUUGUUCUUGAAGAGGUCUUCCAUGUUUUUCCUUUGAAAUAUCUGGAAUGUUGUUUAUUCAUGUCCUCUGGUCUACCUCUGAACUACCACAUGUGUACAUUAUGGAACACGUCUUUUAGAUUCUUGCAAUUCCAUGAUUAAGUGUGUCCAUCUGUCAAUUAUAAAGCAAAAGGAUUGUUUAAUUUUUGUGUUUACUCAUGGGGAUAUGCUGGUUGCUGGCACGUGAUAUAUUUUUCUAUAUUGAAUCAUUAUUACUACUGUUUGAGAGAUUCCAGGAGUCUUAAAUUGUUCUGUAAAAAUGAAUAGUUCUUGCUGUAUUAAAUCACAUUGAUGCUUAUAAGAAUACAAUAAAUCCCUCAAAAUGAGGCCCACUUCAUGAGCAUA